AUGGAACCUCUGAAUCAGAAGUCUAUUGAGAGAGUGGUUUCGCAGAAAGCCUUGCAAAUGGGAAGCUCGUUUCCUUGCCAAAUCUGUGUGGUGGGAUUUCUCUGUGGAGUAUGCCUCACCUCUCUGUUCUUGGCUGCUUUGACUUCCUUUGGCACCUUUCAGUUUGGUCCCAUUUUAUUUUCAACCAUGUCAAUGGCUAAUUCAUCAGGGAAUUCAACUUUUUCCGAUGGUAUCAACACGAUUACUCGUUCGGACUGCCAUUUCAAGCUUAAGGAAACUGAGAGAUUAUGGGAUUCUAAAAGCAGCAGAGAACGAGAUAACGAAGAGAAAAGCAGCAGAGAACGAGAUAACGAAGAGAAAGUCUCGUUGCUUUAUUCAUCUUGGAGUACUGUGUUGAAUGAAUCCACGGGCGGUGGUAAAGAGUACUUGCAAAAACAAGGAAUUAGUGAGUCCAGUUUGCCUAAUGCCCCCCAUUUGGAAAACUGCAAGGUAAAAACACAGCUAUAUGAGUACCUUGAUAAGCGUACUGGAACAGAUGUUUUCCCACCAUGGACAACUUGGAAGGGAUCUUUGCAGACAUUCCCUGUGUCUGCAUUCAAUGAGCAGAUGCAAAAUCUUAGGCAUGAAGCGGCAUCUGAGGGGGCCUAUCCACCAUGGAUUGCAGGGUCAGAUGAAGAAAACUACCCCUUGACUAGAAAAGUGCAGCGUGACCUUUGGAUCCAUCAGCAUCCCUUAAACUGCAGUAGCCCAGAUAUCAAGUUUCUCCUUACUGACUGGGAAAGAUUAUCUGGAUUUGGUAUUGGAGCUCAGAUUGCUGGGAUGACUGGGCUUCUUGCUAUUGCAAUCAACGAAGGAAGAGUCCUUGUCACUAACUAUUACAACAGAGCUGACCAUGGGGGUUGUAAAGGGUCUUCCCGGUCUAGUUGGAGUUGUUACUUCUUCCCUGAAACCUCCCUAGAAUGUCGGCAGCGUGCAUUUGAACUAAUAAAAAGUGAAGAUGCGUGGAGUAAGGGAAUUGUGACCACAAAGGAAAACUAUACAACCAAGCAUAUAUGGGCUGGACCUACUCCCAGAAAGUGGGGGCUUCCGUGGAAUUAUUUGCAACCCACAACUGAUUUAAAUGGAACUCUGUUAGCUUCUCAUAGGAAAAUGGAUAGACGGUGGUGGAGAGCACAGGCAGUACGUUACUUAAUGAGGUUCCCAACCGAAUACACAUGCAAUUUAAUGAAUGAGGCCCGCCAUGUUAGCUUUGGAAAAUUAGCAGCAAAAAUUGUUCUCGAAAGUUUUGCUUGGGAUUGGCCAAAGGAAAGUAGAGCCAAGACAAGGUCUGAUGAUAUUGAUGAAUACGUGUGGUCCAACCACAAGCCAUGGGUCCCUUGGCCUCUUCUAAGUAUGCAUGUAAGAAUGGGAGACAAGGCAUGUGAAAUGAAGGUAGUUGGAUUUGAAGAAUACAUGCAGCUUGCGGAUCGGAUUCGGAGGCACUUCCCUCACCUUAAUAACAUUUGGCUGUCCACUGAGAUGCAGGAAGUGAUUGACAAGACCAGAGAAUAUUCUCAUUGGAACUUUUACUAUACAAAGGUAAGACGCCAAGUUAGGACUAACAUGUCCAUGGCUGACUACGAAGCCAGCCUGGGUAGGGAGACCAGCACAAAUUAUCCACUUGUUAAUUUCUUGAUGGCUGCUGACUCAGAUUUUUAUGUUGGGGCAUUGGGUUCUAGCUGGUCCUUUCUUAUAGAUGGAAUGAGAAAUACUGGGGGAAAGGUAAUGGCUGGGUACUUGACUGUCAACAAAGACAGAUUUUGGUAG